AUGGCAUCAUCUAAGUUGAUUAUUAUAUUAUUUCUUCUCACUAUUGGAUACAUAGAACAAAUAACUAGUCAAUGUCCCAGUCCAUUUACGAAUGAUAAUGUUACAAAUUUCUGUUAUUAUUAUAAACGAACAUCUUUGCCAUGGUCCGAUGCUUAUAAUCAAUGUUUAAGUAAAACUAUUGAUGGAAUAUUGAUUCAAAUAUUUUCUAUGAAACAAUUUAAUGAUUUGAAAAAUGCUAAUAUUGGUGAAAAAGGUUCUUUUUGGAUAGGCGCAAAUAACUUUGCAUCAUUUCGUGAUGCUCACUGGCAUUGGCUUGAUGGAUCUAUAGUCGAUGAUUCAGUCAUUAAAUGGUGUCCGAAUAGUACACAUGAAGUAGCAAUUGGAGCUCAUUGCGCAGCAUACGAUAGUACUUUACAAUGUGUUACUAAUUAUUUAUGCAGCACUUUAUUACCGGCUCCAUGUGUAAUAGCAACAUAUGGAAUGAAAAAAGAAACAAAAAAUACUUUAACUGGGCGUCAAUCAAGUACCGAUGUAUGUACAAAUGCAUAUGGAGGUGCUUAUGCAAAUUGGUGGACAUAUUCUGUUCUACUUCUGAAUUGGUUUAUACUAUUCUGUUUUAUUCUUUACUUAAGUAAUCACUUUAAUAUUAAUAAAUAUACAGUUAUUUUAACAAUAUCGAUUGUUAUAUUAUCAUUUAUGAUGAUUAUUGUAUUUGCUAUUUUAUGGGGUGUACAAUAUCAAGACAUUAUACAAAUACCAUUAAUUAUAGUUAUUCUUGGCUGUAUAGCAAGUGCACUUUUUCUUAUUGAUAUUUUAAUUCUUGUAUCGAAUCGUACUCGUGUACAAAAAUGGAUAGCAUGUAUGAGUGUAACAAUUGUAUCAAUAGCUAUUGAAUUCUUUUUAAUGCUUGGUCUUAUUCUUUGUAUUGCAUAUUGUUCAGCAUAUAUUUCAUUAGCAGAGACUAAUCUAGAGAAAGAUAUUAUUGCAUCACUUUUAUCUGGAUUGAUUGCUGCUGUAUCGAUUAUAUUCGUCAAUGCAAUUUUGUUUCUCAUAGGAAAUGCUGGUCAAGAUCGUGUACAUGUUGUGGCAUCUACUAAACCAAAUCCGAAUACUUCACUUCCAUUAACUACUAAACAAACACUUGUUCCUCGACAGUCACCAAAUAUUAAUGGGAUAAGUUCAAGUAUACCAACUAAAAAAUAUGACAAAGUUGAACGAGCAACAUCACCUGUCGAUCAACGUAUACUUAAUGAAUUUUAUGCUGAUCGUCCUAAAGAUGUACAUCAAUAUCAUUUGGAAGGAAGACAAUAUGUUGUUUAUGAAGGUGUACAUUUAACUGAUGUUGAUACAUAUAGAAAAGAAUUAACACAAGCAAUGUUAUUACAAGAAUCGCAAGGUUUAAAUGAAGCAAUUAAUCGAGCGAAAAGUUCUAUUUAUGCUGCAACACUUGCUGAAGAAAUUAGUCAAGCUGAAAAUUUAGCAAAUCGAUUAAAAUAA